CGAUCGCUGGAACAGUGAAAACGUGAUAGUCUAUAGAAACUACUAUUAGAAAAAGUAUUACAGAAAUAUUACAAAAAUGCAAGCCCAGUUGUGCAUUGUCCUUUUGGCCAUUGGCCUUAGCCAGAUUUCGGCCUUGCCCUCUCCUGCGCUGCAACUCGACCAGCCUGGCAACAACCUGAUGCAGUUCCUCCUGCAAUCCCGAGACCUCAGUAGGGAUGGCUCGCACUCCAUCGACUGCAUAAGCUAUUAUCUCCCCUUGAUCGACCAGGCUGGAACCGUUUACAAGGAGCAAAUAUCGGCGUGUUUGGAGCAGUCUGCCCUGGAGAUCGCUCAGAUUAACGACACCACCAAGGCCGACCGAGAAGAUAUCGACGCCUCUGCCACCAAUUCCUGUGAUGCCCUCAAAAUCUGUAGUGAACUUGAAGGCGCCGAGAACUUCUUCGAAUGCUACAGCCAAGCCGGUUCCGACAGCACCAAGUCCAUGUUCACCAUCUCUGCCAACGCCUCCGAACUGCUGGCCGUUGUGAAAGAAGAAAAGCGACUCAUCCAGGUUAAUGAAUACGUGUGCACCAACAAGACGCAGAGGAUCUAUGAAGAGGAUUCUGCCAAGCACUACGAGGAUCUGAAACUGUGCAUGGGUGGUGCUCCCAUUCCAUCUGCCACCACGAGCUCUGAAGCCCCAUCCACGCAAUCUUCAACGGAAUCUUCCACUGGUGAUUCGUCAUCGACUGAUUCGUCCUCGUCUGAAUCUUCCCCUGAUGACUCGUCCUCGACCGAAUCUUCUUCGACUGAUUCGUCCUCAACUGAAUCUUCCCCUGGUGAUUCGUCCUCGACUGAAUCGUCCUCCUCUGAAUCCUCCCCAGAUGAUUCGUCCUCCACUGAAUCGUCCUCCUCUGAUUCCUCAUCUGACUCCACGGAAUCCUCAACUCAGUCAUCCUCCACUGAAUCAACCACGGAAAGUUCCGGAGGCGAAAAGGAAGCCCUUCCCGAGGAGGACUUGAAAUCGGAAUCCAGUCAAAACAAGAGUGAAAUGCAGAGGCUUGUGAAUAGCCUGCAGGAGUGGUUCAAAACUCACUAAGCCAUCGUGUUAAUUAUUCCUACAUAUAAUUGUAAACGAAGCAAAAUAAAAACAAAUACAUAAACAUAA